GUGAGUUCUCCUCCUUUCUGAAGGUCGAAGAGGAUCCGAGGGGCAUUUUUGGAAAGCUUCUGAGAAAACAGAGAGAGAAAACAGCGCACACAUUGUUACGAGCUACGUACUGUAAUUCCGAGCUUGCCCACAGCCCUGAUAGGCUACUUUGUUGCUGUGAACGCUAAACACCGCUAAGCACACGCUAAUCCGUGGUCGGUCCUUAAUCUCCUGCAGACAACAGUGUCCUCGCUGCGGACCUUGCCAAAGUGGCUCUUUACGCGCAGUUCUCGCUCCGUUCUCGCACCGCUGUGGGUUUUGCGUAAAAAAGGCGCCGUACCCGCGGCGGACUUGGCUGCCUCUGUCCCCUCCUCUGCCUCUCCUCCCGGUGGGCUCAGUGAUACUUCAUGGUGUUUGUGCCAUCUAGGGUUAUCCUCCACUCCACUGCAGUCUUUCUGGCGCAGAGACUUCGCAUCUCUCCAUCUGCUCGCUCUUGGACGACCGAAUAACUCCUCAUCCCCGAAAACAAACACAGAAGUUUUCUCGUGGAUCCUCUACUUUCGCCUUUCAUAUAAAAAGAAAACGCCGCUUGGAUAAGUGUCGAGGAGCCACAGAGAAGCAAACAAUUCCAAGGACAUGCACACAAGUAACUACUGCACCGCGGGGGCAAAACAGAAAAGCGCCUGUGCCAUGUAGCAGCACACUCGCAUUGGAAAUCUACAGACGGAGCCCACACAGCAGCGAGCUUGUUAUUUUUUACUUGAAGGGGGAAACUACAAAAAAAAAAUGCUGUGAAGCGCUGUGUCGCAGCUUGGCUCCCGGCAAAAAGCGCAGGUUUUUUCCAGAGCUGGUGGAAGGAAAAAAAUUAGUCAAGUGCGAGAGAAGAAGCGAUAUGCGGCUGGGCAGGCAGUUGGUUGUGCAGUUCGUCUUCUGGAAUUAGUGGAUGAAUGGGAAGGGAGCGGCUGUAGGCUCGAACCGGGGAGACACAGUACAAAGCCCGCGGUGACACAUAAUGGAUACUUGUCCGUCAGUACAGGUGAAGGAGUGAACAGAUGAGGUGGAGGACUUCUUCCUCAGCACGCACACACAGACGUCACCUCGCAACGUUCAUCCGUGGGAGGAGGAGAAAGACUUGGGAUUUGUUGCCCGCAGGAGGAAUUCAAGGUGCAGAGACUAAUGUGACCAAGAACUUCAAAGAAGAGGUGUUAUGUGAAUCAGACCACAUCUUCUUGACAUGAAUCAAUAUGUGUCUGGAUACCUGACCUGACCAAACAACACAUCCUGUCACUAGCCUGAUUGUUCAUCUUGCUAUCUGGGUGUGAAUGUGUGGCCUUGAGGCAUUUCCGAGGGACCAUAUGGCACAAUACCACACGAUAUAGAUCCUCUUUGUAUGAACUAACAUGGACAAAGUGGUCAUCAGUCUCCUGUUUCUGGGAACCGCAGUUACGAUGGUCCAUGCAUGUCCCAAAUACUGUGUCUGCCAGAACCUCUCAGAGUCUCUGGGAACUCUGUGCCCCUCCAAAGGCCUGCUCUUUGUGCCACCGGACAUUGACCGGCGAACUGUGGAGCUGCGGCUGGGUGGCAACUUCAUCCUCAAGGUCACCACACAGGACUUUGCCAACAUGACAGGUCUGGUGGAUCUCACUUUGUCCCGCAACACCAUUAGCGCCAUCCAGCCUUUCUCGUUCAUCGACCUGGAGACCUUGAGAUCCCUGCACCUGGACAGUAACCGGUUGACUGAACUGGGACCUGAUGACCUCCGAGGACUGGUCAACCUGCAGCACCUGAUCCUCAACAACAAUCAGCUGAGUCGCAUCUCUAAAGCAGCCUUUGAUGACUUGUUACUGACACUAGAAGAUCUGGAUUUGUCAUAUAACAAUUUGCGCAGUGUGCCUUGGGAAGCCAUCCGAAAGAUGGUCAACCUCCAUCAGAUGAGUCUGGACCAUAACCUCAUUUCCUUCAUUGCUGAGGGGACUUUUACAGAUCUGGACAAACUGGCUCGCUUGGACCUCACCUCCAACCGUCUCCAGAAGCUCCCUCCAGAUCCCAUCUUUGCACGCUCUCAGAGCAGUGUGGUGAUGAGCACUCCAUAUGCACCUCCACUCUCUCUAAGCUUUGGUGGAAACCCAUUGCACUGCAACUGUGAAGUGCUUUGGCUACGAAGGCUGGAGCGUGAAGAUGACAUGGAAACCUGUGCUUCUCCUGCCAGUCUAAAGGGUCGCUACUUUUGGUCUGUGCGUGAGGAGGAGUUUGUUUGUGAGCCCCCUUUGAUCACACAACAUACUCACAAGUUACUCGUGCUGGAGGGUCAGACAGCCAGCUUGCGCUGCAAAGCUGUUGGUGAUCCGAUGCCAACGGUUCACUGGGUUGCUCCCGAUGACCGUUUGAUCAGCAACUCCUCUCGAGCAACUGUUUAUGAAAACGGCACCCUGGACUUAACAAUCACCACAUCCAAGGACUAUGGUAUCUUUACUUGUAUAGCUGCUAAUGCUGCUGGAGAAUCUACAGCCUCCAUUGAGCUUUCAAUCAUUCAACUCCCCCAUCUCAGUAAUGGCACAAACCGAACCACGCAGUCCAAGUCAGGACUCUCAGACAUAACAAGUUCUACCAAGAUCAGUAAAGGAGAGCCGAAACCUCUUCCAGAGAAGGUCGUGUCUGUGUCAGAAGUGACAGCCAUCUCUGCUUUGGUCAAGUGGACUGUUAGCAAAUCAACUCCAAAGGUCAAAAUGUAUCAGCUUCAGUACAAUUGCUCUGAGGAUGAAGUUCUCAUUUACAGGAUGAUUCCAAUGAGUAACAGGGCAUUCGUAGUCACAAAUCUUGUUCCGGGGAUGCAGUAUGACCUGUGUGUCUUGGCCAUAUGGGAAGACACGGCCACCACCCUCACUGCCACCAACAUCGUCGGCUGUGUUCAAUUCAUCACCAGGGAGGACUACCCACAGUGUACGUCUCUUCACAGCGGCUUCCUGGGGGGCACUAUGAUCCUGGUCAUUGGAGGCAUUAUUGUGGCCACACUGCUGGUGUUCAUUAUCAUCCUCAUGGUCCGCUACAAAGUGACCAGUGGGAUCCAGACUAAUAAAUUGCCCACUGUGAGUAACACAUACUCGCAGACCAACGGAGGGCUGAACAGGUUCAACGGUGCCCCACCACAGGUCAAGUCCACAGUGGUGGUCAUGCGUGAGGAAAUGGUGGAGUUUAAGUGUGGAUCCCUGCAGAGCAGCCUCUCUUCGUCAUCGUCCUCCUCUAAUUCGUUAGACAGCCAAACAGGGAGAGGGGCCAGUGACCGCUACAGCAUGCAGGGCAGCGAAUGCAGCACCCUGCCCAGCAGCAAGUUCAGGAGGCAUGGUGCCAAAGCACGGCCAAACCUGGACAACCUUUUAGGGGCCUUCACCUCUCUGGAGCUGCGAGGAGCAGCAAGGGACAACCAAGGGGCUUCUGGCCCCUCCGCCACGCCCAAUACUAUGAUGACGGUGGCUGUGGCCCCACCAUCUGAUAAAGAACCCCUGCUUGGGAGGGCCGAGUCCACGACCAUGCUGGGACGUCUCCUAGGGCUGCCCCAGGAGUGUAAGCCCACGAGGAGCCAUUCCUUUGACAUGGGUCAUGUAGGGGCAGUGCAGUGUCGCAGCAACUACCCUCGCAGGAUCAGUAACAUCUGGACUAAGCGCAGUCUGUCUGUUAAUGGCAUGCUGCUGCAGUACGAUGACAGUGAAGAUGAGAAGCCUACUUUUGAGAGCUCCGAGUGGGUGAUGGAGAGCACAGUUUGAGCACAGACCGUCCAUGAAGUCUAUGGCCAGACAAUAAAUCUAUAUGUGAAACUAAUGCAACAUGAGCGUCGUGGAAGCGAUGUUCCAAAGGGAAGCUGUCCUUGGGUACUGCAUGAAGUUCACCCAUGCGAAUAGUCUAAGCGAUGAUGAAAGAACAGACGCUCACAUCGAUAGAUUCCCGGCCAUGAUCUCAACUCUCUGACAGUGUCGACUGUAUUUUAAAAAUGUUCCCAUUUUGAAAUAACUGUGAAAAGGCCCAUAUGGAAUAAUUACCAAUUCACAGGGGCAUGUGAGAGUACCACUGAGAAAUUCAAAGUGGAUUUACUAUGUCUUUAUCAAAAGUACUGAAUGCCAAGAGGAUUUGCCUCGACUGUGGUGAACUGGAUCACAAUGUCGUUGGACCCUCAGCAUGAAAUGGGACUACGCAAUAGUAGAGAGCAGAGCUGGCGGAGCAAGUAGAAAAUUAAGAAAAAAUUCAUUUUUUUUUCAUUUGGGUUUUUCUAUCAUUUUUACUAUUUAUUAUUUGAAGUGAUUCAUCAGCAGACAGCGACACAGCUCUGUUAUGAGGUUGUAGUUGUCGGUGAGGAUGGAAAACACACACAUACAGAGAGGCUUCAACCUCUCAUACAGGCAGUUCAUAUACCUUCAAUCACCUUUCAACAUGAUUCGUUUCAAAAAAGAAAAGAAAAAGAACAUUAAGGCCCUCUGCUGUAGGUGUUAGUAACAAUGAACCACAACAAGCCAGUCUUAUAUUUCUACCUCAGGUUAAGUAACAUAUGAGGUUAUUUACAUAUGAAAGGCAAGGGAAAUACAACAAAAGCCCAAGAUGAAUGACAAACAGCUUCAAACUCUCAAAAGUUCUAUGCUUGUUUUCAAAUGCUUCAAAGGACUUUUUAGUCUCCAAUCAGUCAAAUUCAGUAUGUUUCCAGCUCAGGUCCAAAUCCUGCUCUGAAAAGAUUUCUCUUUGAAUGCUUUGAUACUUUCCCCAUUGGUUAGUGCUGGUGACAGUGGUCCCUGUAGGCUAAAGGGCCAUUGAUGUAAACAGAGUGUUCGCCUCAGGGUACCGUUUCUGAUACUAGCAGGACAUAUUACAGUAGCUGGAUGAAUGGUGUUUGAAAUCUAUCAAGCCCACUUAAUCAUUAGCCCAAAGCAGCCCACAGCAGGAUGUAUCAUUGGGCUGUGAUUCUCUUCAGGCAACGCAAGCAAGAGCAUAUGACAAUUACUCAUUUAGCCACUUUAAAUGGAGAAAUGUGUCAUUUAUCAGCUUGAUAAAGGUCAUUAUGCUGCUUAGGAGAGGAUCCUACAUGGAGGCACAAAGAGGAGAAAGAUAACUUACAAACGGCCAAACAGCUGAAAACUCUGGAAAUCUGUUUCUCCAGAUGGCAUGAUACUGAACCUUUUUGGUUUAUGUAUGACAUGAAUCGAUUCAUCAGAGAAACCACCUAUCUUUCAUUCUCAUUCAUACAGGGCUGUACGUUGCAGUAAGAUACUUUGAAUAUGACACUAUUCAGAUUACUGCCUACAUUCACCUGCAACAUCCCUACAUUUUAUGCCUUUCUUGAUAUUCUGUGGGUUUCAGCUGCAUUUCAAGAUGUGGGGUGGUCAUCAUUUUUUAUUCUUGUUUUCUUCCCUACAGUAGAUGUACCAUUCUGUAUAUUGGCAUUUUUUUGUAAAAUAACUGAGUGAGAAUGUCAAGGGGUGGGGGGUAAAUUGUGCAGUGGUACUUUUAUUUUCAUGUGAAGCAAACAGUGAGAAGGUGCUUUACUGUGGUGUACCAACUUGGUCAUUGUUAGUUGGCUGAAUGAAAUGGGAUUUUAUGUGGCGCUCUAAGCGGGAAAUGGAGGACUGGCUGUACCUAAAGGGUUAGGUCACUCAAAUAACUAAAAUACGUAUUUUGUGAGUUACCUGUAGUGGUAUCUCUUUGUGUAGAUACUCCUGGUUUUAUUUGCACAGGGUUUGAGUAAGUCUUCUUUGAAAUCUCCGCUUGUGCUGUGGUACCUUGGGGUUUGGUUGUGCAGACUAACAAUUCAAACUGACAGUUCCUCAAAUGUCUCUGCGAGACAAUCCUCUAAUAUGUCUGAGUUUGUUAGAUGCUUGUGCGCUGUCUAUCCUAAUUUUAUGAAAAGAGCAAAAAGAACAAGGCAUUUACACGAAUAUUUGCACCCUGUUUACUCAGAGGUAGAUUUGUUAGAUUUGUGACAAAAUAUAAACUGUCCAAACUGUAUAUAUUGCCUCUUAAACAAAUGGGCCAUUUUUUCUGAGCUUAAAUCACUACUUAACAUUUACACUACCGCUCAAAAGUUUGGGGUCACCCAGGCAAUUCCAUGUUUUCCAUGAAAACUCACAUUUUUAUUCAUGUUCUGACAUAACUGCACAAGGGUUUUCUAACCAUCAAUGAGCUUUUCAAAACCAUUAGCUAACACAAUGUAGCAUUAGAACACAGGAGUGAUGGUUGCUGGAAAUGUUCCUCUGUACCCCUAUGGAGAUAUUCCAUUAAAAAUCUGCUGUUUCCAGCUAGAAACAUCAUUUACCACAUUAACAAUGUCAAGAUUGUAUUUCAGAUUCAUUUAAUGCUAUCUUCAUUAAGAAAAAGCUUUUCUUAUAAAAGUAAGGACAUCUCUAAGUGACCCCAAACUGUUGAAUGAUAGUGUAUACGACUGUCAGUCCAAUCUGUCAUUUAAUAUCGACUGCUUAUUGAUGCCCAGAAACACUUUCUUGACUAAUAUACAUUUUAGCUGUAGUAUCUGGUUGCACCAGCAGCAGCCCCUUACUGUUUAAUGCCAUAGUAACAGGCGCUUCCAUGUUGACAUCAGGGAGCAUUGAGGGAGAUUAGUGGAUAAAGGAGCACUGUAAUAAAGACUUCUAUGAGGCUGAUUCACCUCUGACCAGCAAUGAAAGCAUUGUUUCUGAUGGCCAAUUCCACAGCUUUAAUCACACAUUCACAUGACAGUUGGUGUAAAAAGACAGUAAUGGUUUGUGCUGAUACUGAUCUGUUAAGAAUUCUCAUGUUUUAUCACAACCUCGUUUUGUUGAAAUUGUUGAAUAUAUAUUUUAUCAUCUUGCAUAUAUCCCACUGUAACUUUAAUUCUCUAAUUAGUCUACACAGUAAUUCUAAACUCUCACUUGUCUUGUUCUAGUUUUGCUUUUCAAAUAACUGUUUCCUGAUUGACACUAUAACAGAUACAUCUUCAUUCAGAGAGUUGUUGUCCUCACAACCCUCUAGUAUCAAAGAAAAGUCUGUUUUGCACUAAACCAGUAAACCAGGUGUUGCACAGAUACACUUAUCACUGUGUUGGAUUUAGGCCAGGGAACAAUAAGACAAGAUGUUAUAUUACAAAUCACAGCAUUGCUCUAUAUUACUUUCAUACAGAAAAUGUUGUUAUUUAAAAAAAAAAAAAAAAAGAAUAAACAAUUACUACAUACACUACCAGGCAAAA